GAUCUGUGAUGACAUUUUAUGAGCAGAAUACAAAUGCAGUACGUUUGCUCCCAGAGGUUUCUGACAUUUCUUCUACACGGACAGCGUAUUCUCCUACGGAGGUGUUGGUCACCAGGAAGAAAGAUCUUUGCUCAGUUCUCUGAGAAGAAAUGGCUUCCGACAUACCUGGAUCUGUGACCUUGCCCGUAGCCCCCAUGGCAGCCUCUGGACAGGUGAGGAUGGCCGGUGCCAUGCCUGCCCGAGGAGGAAAGCGGCGUUCCGGAAUGGACUUCGACGAUGAAGAUGGUGAGGGUCCCAGUAAAUUUUCAAGAGAGAACCACAGUGAGAUCGAGCGGCGCAGGCGGAACAAGAUGACACAGUAUAUCACCGAGCUCUCCGACAUGGUCCCCACCUGCAGCGCCCUGGCGCGGAAGCCAGACAAGCUCACCAUCCUCCGCAUGGCCGUCUCGCACAUGAAGUCUAUGAGGGGCACCGGGAACAAGUCCACUGACGGCGCAUACAAGCCUUCCUUCCUCACAGAGCAGGAGCUGAAGCACUUGAUCCUCGAGGCGGCUGACGGGUUUCUGUUCGUGGUGGCGGCUGAGACGGGGCGAGUGAUCUACGUGUCUGACUCUGUCACCCCCGUUCUGAACCAGCCUCAGUCAGAGUGGUUUGGGAGCACCCUCUAUGAACAAGUGCACCCCGACGAUGUGGAGAAGUUGAGAGAACAGCUGUGCACUUCAGAAAACUCCAUGACAGGCCGCAUCCUGGACCUGAAGACGGGGACCGUGAAGAAGGAAGGGCAGCAGUCGUCCAUGCGCAUGUGCAUGGGCUCCCGGCGCUCCUUCAUCUGCAGGAUGAGGUGUGGAAAUGCUCCCUUGGACCAUCUGCCUCUGAACAGAAUAACCACCAUGAGGAAAAGGUUCAGGAAUGGCCUUGGCCCUGUGAAGGAAGGAGAAGCCCAGUAUGCCGUGGUCCACUGCACAGGUUAUAUCAAGGCCUGGCCACCAGCAGGAAUGACGAUACCUGAGGAAGACGCGGAUGUAGGACAAGGCAGUAAAUACUGCCUCGUGGCAAUUGGGAGACUCCAGGUGACCAGCUCUCCUGUAUGCAUGGACAUGAGUGGCAUGUCAGUGCCCACGGAGUUCCUAUCACGACAUAACUCAGACGGGAUCUUCACAUUUGUGGAUCCAAGAUGCAUCAGUGUGAUUGGCUACCAGCCUCAGGACCUUCUGGGAAAGGACCUUUUGGAAUUCUGCCACCCAGAGGAUCAAAGCCACUUGCGGGAGAGCUUCCAGCAGGUGGUGAAGCUGAAAGGCCAGGUGCUGUCCGUCAUGUACCGGUUCCGCACCAAGAACCGGGAGUGGCUGCUGACCCGCACCAGCAGUUUCACCUUCCAGAACCCCUACUCGGACGAGAUCGAGUACGUCAUCUGCACCAACACCAACGUCAAGCAACUUCAGCAGCAGCAGGCGGAACUGGAAGUGCACCAGAGGGAUGGCUUGUCCUCAUAUGACUUAUCUCAGGUCCCUGUCCCCAACCUUCCAGCUGGUGUUCACGAGGCCGGGAAGUCUGUGGAAAAGGCAGAUGCGAUCUUCUCCCAGGAGAGAGACCCCCGCUUUGCUGAGAUGUUCGCAGGCAUCAGUGCAUCGGACAAGAAGAUGAUGAGCUCAGCUUCGGCAGCUGGCACUCAGCAGAUCUACUCCCAAGGAAGCCCGUUCCCCCCUGGGCACUCGGGCAAGGCUUUCAGCUCUUCUGUGGUCCAUGUGCCCGGAGUGAAUGACAUUCAGUCCUCCUCCUCAACCAGCCAAAACAUGUCCCAAAUCUCAAGACAGCUGAACCAGGGCCAAGUGGCAUGGACAGGAACCCGCCCUCCCUUCCCGGGGCAGCCCAGCAAGACACAGUCCUCCGCCUUUGGGAUUGGAUCAAGCCACCCUUACCAGGCCGACCCCUCUUCCUACAGUCCUCUCUCCAGUCCAGCUGCCUCCUCGCCAAGUGGUAAUGCCUACCCCAGCCUCGCCAACAGGACUCCAGGGUUCGCUGAGAGUGGACAAAGUAGCGGGCAGUUCCAGGGCCGGCCCUCGGAAGUCUGGUCACAGUGGCAAAGCCAGCACCACGCCCAGCAGAGCGGUGAGCAGCACUCCCACCAGCAGCCCGGUCAGACUGAAGUGUUCCAGGACAUGCUGCCCAUGCCAGGGGACCCGACACAGGGGACUGGCAACUAUAACAUCGAGGACUUUGCUGACCUGGGCAUGUUCCCACCAUUUUCUGAGUAGCCUGGGGCAGAGCAAGGCUUCUGCUGCCCAGUGCCACCUUGCCGUGGCAUCCAUGCCCAUGUGAUAUGGGGCCCCCUCCACCCAGCUUGCCCUGCUGCAAGACCUCCCCCAAUCUCCCCUCCCUCAACACCACCCCGGGCAUGGCUCUGCUCGGCUCUAACCCUUAGCCCUGGCUUCUCAGCCACUGAUGUUUGGAGAUGGUUGUAUUUAUUGUACUUUAUCUGUGUGCUUCAAAGUGGGCCUGUGGGGUCCUCAAAUUCCAUUGUGAAUACUCUCUCAACAGACAGUUUGCCUCUGGCUACAGCUCAUUUAGCACUCACAGUGGCUGGCAGCAGCCACAGGCCUGCUGGGGCAGAAAGACCAGCUUCUGCAUUUUAUUCUGACUACCUAAGGGUUCAGGGACCUCCGUGGAUCCUGUGUUCUGUCCUGGAGCUAAGGGCACGGGGUACAGGCUAUCUGCUGCUCUUGCUUUAUCUGCCUGGGGACGUCAUGCCGUGGGACAUGUGUGCUUGGUGCAGUAAGACUUGAACUUGUGUCUCUGUGAGUAUGCUGAGGUGUGGCCAGUAAGCUCAAGAACUCAUGUCCACUCAGACACAUCCUGACGGAGAGCUCAGCCCAGGCCUGGGAGCUGGUUCUGACAGGUUGGCCUCCAGGACUAUCCCUAGGAGUCAGGGCUGAGGACCUUCGUGCUUUAUAGAUCAGUUCUUGAAUGCUCUUUCUCCCCUGUUCCUGAUACAUGUUCAGGCUCCUCCUCUUGAAGCAGGCAGCCCUCCCUCAUGCCAGCCCUGAGGGCACUCCUCUUUCCCUCUCUAGGACCUACCACCUGUACCAUGAUUCCCUGUAGGAGGCUGCACCCCCCUUGCCCGCACUCUGGGGGAGAGCUGAGCUCUUCCCUGCCCAGGGCUCGAGGGUGGAGUGAGCGUGUGGGGGAAGGGGCCUGGAGAGCUCUACUCCAUCCUUUCAAAGCUGGGUAUUGAACCACCAUCCUGCCUGACAUCCAGGAAGCUCCCAGUGUUUCUGCAGAACUCACCAGCAAAAAGGACAUGAGACUCGGCCUAAUGCCCUUGGUGCCAUCCUUCCCUUCCCUGCAUCAUCCCUGUCCCCAGACAAAUGGAACCCUAGCCCCAUGGGUUCUAAAUGGCUUUUAACCCUUCUCUGGAGAGUAAUGACACUGUCCAAGGUUCACCCCAGGCUUAGGGCUCCCCCACUGCCCCAUGGGCUUCCUCUGUCGAUUACCUGAUAUCACCCCCAACUCCAUUAGCCUUGAGCUGGCCCCCAACAGUAAGUGUAAUCAUUUCCAAAAAAGAAGAAGAAGAAAGAAAAAAAACAAAGAUAACUUUGGGAGCAAAAACAUGUUUCUCAGUGAAAUGAAACUAGAUGUUUUGUGGCCUUUGGUUCGUGAGUGUAGAGGUUCGGGGGUUGUGUGUUUGUUUUUGCCUUCUGCUUUCUGGAGAGACAGGGAGGGCUUUGCUUAGGUACACACCACAGGGCUGUGAUGCUGUCUUGAAUCCACGGUACCAGAAGAAACAAGAAUUCUUAUAACCACCUUGCAUCUUUUCUCACUUAAGGAGUUUAGGGCAUGGCUGGCUCAGUUCUUGGUCCUGUGGUGGACAAGAAUUCAUGGGUAACUACAAGCCAGACAGAAUAGCAUGCACGAUGGAUAAAUACGCCCACCCCCCUGCCCACCCCAGCCUUGUCUAGGGAACCCAGGUAGGGAGUCGGGCACUAGCUUGAGCUCUGGGAUUUUUCUAAUUGCCCCCUCUGCUUCUUGACUGUGGCCCAUAAGCAAAUGGACUGGAGGAGAUAGAGGAGAAGCCAGGGCUGGGAGAAUCCCUCACCCAUGAGAUUGUCUCAUCAAGGGUAUUUGAAACAGACUAGAGUCCAAAUUAAAGCCGUACAGGGCUCAAUUAUCCUGAUUUGCUAGAGAAAAAAAGAAGAACUUCCCAUGUCUUUCCUUCCCAGCCAUGGAGGUCAGCAUGCUGGUCCUUUGGCCCAUGCUUAGCCAGGUACCUAGCCUCCUGAAGCCAUCUUAGUAGGGUAGGAAAAGGACCAGGCUUCUGGGCUUCGUGCAGACUCAUGCCUCGCCUCUUUACUCCCUGUGGAAGCCAAGCUAGCUCCCCUUAGGCUGAGCAAGCAAGAGAGGGUUGUGCAGGGGCCAACUGAGUUGUUGGCAAGGGCACACAACUAAACUCUAGCAGGAUGGGCCAAGGACCUUAACAGUGGCCAGGGAUAGUUCAGUAACCCUGUCCAUGUGCCAUAUCCCCCCGGUUAGCCUGUGUUCUCGGCUGUGGCUUAAGGGAGAGAGCCAGCCACAAUAGCAGUGGCACCUCUUCCGCCUUCUAACACACCAGCUCAGCCCUUGGUUUGCCAACAGGGACUGUUGCAGGUAGGGGCGGGUCUGAUGACCAGUGGAACUUACGCUGAGGAGCUCACAUCUUCUGUAUCAAUAGAGGAAAAUUAUGUCCCCAGGUUAGCCCCACUGGGAGAUGUCCAGUCCUGCUAGCCACUGCCCUGAGGCCAGGCAGGCCAUGGAAAGUGAGUGAUAGGAUUGAAUCUCAAAGGUAUGGUUUCCUUGAUAGGAGAGCUAUACUGGAAUAGUGACCACUGUACGUGAGCCUGCCUGCUCCAUGACGGCUGCACAAGCAAGAACAAAAUAAUGGCUCUAGAAAGUAACAAGGCAGACUAGAAACCCUCUGCACGUGGGCAUGACAUUGCCAUGCCCUAACUUUCCAGUGCAUUCUCCCCACCCCUACCUAGCCAGUGUGCACUUGUAGCGCCAGCGCCUGAGGAGACAGGGAGGGUCACGGGAGCCCAGGAGUUCGAGACCUGCCUGGCCAGCAUAUAAGACUGAUGGCCAAGAUAAACAUCCCAUGCACCGAGCAGUCGUGAGUACCCUAGUUAUCCUCCUCUUCCUCCAUGGCCUGGAGUCUGGAAUAGCUUGAUGAGGCAUCACACAAGGGCAUGGGCACAGUCCCACACAUGGCAUGUGACGUCUUGUGGCCCGAGCUGGGUGUAUACCAAGCGGGCAGCAAGACCUGUGGGCACUGGUGGAGGCAAAUGGAAGUUUUGCAGGCUGUGCAGGGGUCGGCAGCUUGCUUUGCCCAACCAUCUGGCUCCUUAAAAGUACAGAAAGUCCACAAAUGGAUUUCUGUGGACAGCAAGCACUUAACUCAUCUCUCUUCUAGCCUUUCUUCUUAUGAAUGUGAACUGUGCUGUGGGUAAACAUUUGUAUUUCUUGACAGUUCUGUAUGACUAACAGGUAUUAAGUCACUGUGUAUAUGUGUAACUAAUGUAACUGCCUUUUGAAUUUUCAUUACAAUAAAAUGACUUUGUUCUGAACCGCGA